AUGGCACACGGCACAUUGGCCGUGAUCAAGCUCGCGGACUCGUUGGCGUGUCUUAUUGCUGAUAUCGUGCAACAUUUUGUUGAUGCUAAGCUGGAAUUUGAUGCUUGUUAUGUCUAUCAAGAUGUAAAUCGUGCAAUUCAGUAUGCUCACCGAAGUGGCUUGGUUCAUAGAGGAAUUCUGUCUGAUCCCCACAGAUACCUUGUAAAAAAUGGUCAGAUGUUACGCCUUCUCAGGAUGCUGAGGGAGAAGGGGAAAAAACUUUUUUUGAUGACCAACUCUCCCUAUCAUUUUGUGGAUGGAGGGAUGCGCUUUAUGUUGGAGGAUUCUUUGGGUUAUAGAGAUUCCUGGAGAGAACUUUUUGAUGUCGUAAUUGCUAAAGCCAACAAGCCAGAAUUUUACACAUCGGAGCAUCCUUUCCGUUGUUAUGACAUAGAGAAGGACACUUUGGCUUUCACGAAGGUGGAUGCUUUUCUUCCAAAUAAAGUUUACUACCAUGGUUGCCUUAAAUCUUUCUUACAAAUUACAAAAUGGAAUGGUCCGGAGGUGAUAUACUUUGGGGAUCACCUAUUUAGCGACCUUAGAGGACCUUCAAAAGCUGGGUGGCGCACUGCUGCCAUCAUCCAUGAAUUAGAGAGGAUAAUGGCUAGGACAAGAACUUAA